AUGAGUGCUCAGACCUUGUACGACGCUGUAGUUGCACGCUACUCUUCCCCUGCCACUGCUGCACUGAGCCGCCUCAUGCUACCGUACCUCUUCCCUGACCUUGCUGCCUUUCCCACAGUCGCUGACCUCAUUACGCACCUCCGCACUAGUGACACUCGCUACCGCGCUGCGCUUCCUGCUGAGUUCUGCGCCAAGAACCCCCCCCCCAUGUACAUCACCCUCUACUACAUAGUCACCCGUCUCCCUGACUCUCUCCGUGUAGUUAGGGACCACUUCCUCUCUGUUUACCCCAACACUCUCACCGUUGACCUCCUCAAGAAGGCCCUCCUAACGAUAGAGAAUAGCAUAGUCGCUGUAGGAGCCUCUCGUGGUGACCCUCGCACCCCCGUCUUUGAGGGGUGUUCUCCCUCCCCCCUCUUGCCCUCUGUUGCCUCUGCUGCUGCGGCGGACCUCGUUGGUUUCGAGUCGCGCGGUGGGGGUUUUGGUCCCUGCUCUUACGUUCUCCGUACCAGCGACCGCACUGGUGAGCAGUGCGGAAGUCUGCACUCCACCCAGCGCUGCUUUGGUCGCCUGACGGACGCGUGGCAUCGCCAAUUCCCUGAGGCGUCAGAGAUCCCUCGCUCGGGAGAUCUGGCUAAGGCCGGGGUUGCUAUCUUUGAUCUUGACUUUGAUGCUAUUCUUGCUGCCAUGUAUGCUGUUGCUGAUAGUGUUGAGGGUGCUGGUUACCUAUGUGUACCGCCUGACCCGGGCAUUGAGGCUGCUGCGCUAGGUGCUGGUGAGACUGCUGCUCUAGGUGCUAGUGCGUCUGCUGCCCCACGUGCCAGUGCGUCUGCCGCCCCAGGUGCUGGUGAGUCUGCUCUCUCAGGUACUACGUUAGCUCAGGCCUUCCACACCUUCACCCUGGACUCGGGUGCGUCUCGCUCCUUCUUUCGAGACCGCACCACUCUUACGCCGCUUAGUCGGCCAGUUGCAGUCUCCCUGGCAGACCCCUCUGGGGGUCCUGUCCUUGCUAGCUUCUCCACUGUCCUUCCGUGCCCUGCAGCCCCCUCUGGCACCCUGUCUGGCCUCUACCUCCCCUCGUUCUCUACAAACUUGGUGAGUGGAGCGGACCUACAGGAUCGAGGGGUUGACCAGUUCACUCCUGCGAGUCAGCGAGUGACCCACUGCAGGUGUGCUCGGACAGGCCGACACUUGGCCACGUUCACCCGUCGGCCAGGGUCGAGCCUGUACACCCUUACUGCUGAGUCUCCUCCUACUGCUGAUUCUGCCCAGGUAGCUGCGUCGAGUCAGAUGUUUGCUGCGGUGUCCAGAACAUUAUAG